UCUGUUGUCUGGGGAUCGAUUGGAAUUCUUGGUGAUCUCUCGGCCACACCUGGAGGUUGGCAACCCUAAUGCAGUCAGAUACUUGGGGUAGGUACCAGGUCAAGCUUGUGAGCUCUGAAGAAACAUGGGCUGCUGAACAGGAAAAUCUUUGUUUUUAAAUAUAUGCCUUUGUUUUCAAUUAUGCUUCUAGGGUGGUGGGUGACUGCAGGACUGCAGGGCACUAGAUCAGCAAGGCAAGAUGGACUCAGCCUGGGGAAGCCAGUCCUCUGAAGCAAUGCUGUUGGGGGGUAUUGGCGGACCCCUGGGAACAGCAGCUCUGCAUCAUAUGAAAGAAGAACUAGAAAGAGGGUUAGCCCAGCUCUGGGAAACCCAGCUGCAAGAGUUCCUGAAGACCGUGGAGGUCCCUCAGUUGGGGUGUGGUGUCACCCAGUUACCUGAGGAGCCCACACCUUGGGACGACGCCAAGGCCUUCCUGGCCUCCUUUGAGCAAGUGGCUGAAGCAUGUCAGUGGCCCAAGGAAGACUGGAUGACUCGACUCCAGCCAGCCCUCCGGGGAGAAGCCAAGCAAACUUUUCUCAAAAUGGAGGCUGCAGACAGAGAGGAUUAUGAGAAAGUGAAGACGGCCAUCUUGCGAGGCGAUGCCAUGAGCAGGGAGAAGAGUCGCCAACACUUCCGGCAGUUCUGCUACCUGGAGGCCGAGGGGCCGAGGGGGACGUACAUCCGGCUCCAGGAACUUUGUAACGAUUGGCUGAAGGUUGAGAAGCAAACAAAGGAGCAGAUCCUGGAGCUCCUGAUUUUGGAGCAAUUCCUAACUGUCCUGCCUGUGGAAAUGCAGAACUGGGUCAGGAGAAAUUGCCCCGAGACCUGUACACAUGCCGUGACCCUGGCUGAGGAUUUCCUGCUUGAGACUUGGAAACAGCAGAUGGCGGAGCCACAAGGGGAGAACUUGCAGGAGCCGGAGUUGAUUCACUCGUUCAUUGUGCAGAACCAGCCCAGUGUGCAGAACCAGCCCAGUGUGCAGAACCAGCCCAUUGUCCAGAACCAGCCCAGUGUGCAGAACCAGCUCAUUAUGCAGAACCAGCCCAGUGUGCAGAACCAGCUCAUUAUGCAGAACCAGCUCAUUAUGCAGAACCAGCCCAGUGUGCAGAACCAGCCCAGUGUGCAGAACCAGCUCAUUGUCCAGAACCAGCCCAGUGUGCAGAACCAGCCACUGUUCUCCAUGGAAGCCAAGCAAGAGCAAGAUCUCCCUCUCCAGGUUCCUUCAACAGAUCAUGGGAAGCUCAGUAACAAUGAAGAGCACUAUCCCCAAGAAACUGCAAAACAGAUAGAACUUCAAGGGAUGACUCUGGAACAAGCCAAUGUCAGUGGCCCCCAGUUCUUCAAUAACAGAGAAGUUUUAGAGAAUCAACACAUACUAGAACAGAAGCAGGUAACCCACCCAGUGGAGGAAGGGAGUGAAUCUGAUACUUGCGAAGAGGUCAACAGGAAACCCAAUGUAGCUGAACUCCAGUGGGGGCACAGCAAAAGCAAGAUAAGAAAUAAGUGCUUUGCGUGUGGGAAGAGCUUCAGUCGUAAGUCUGAACUCAUCUUGCAUAACAGAACCCACACUGGGGAAAGACCAUAUAGAUGCUUCCACUGUGAAAAAAGCUUCAUUUCUUCGCGGUCCCUCAGAAGGCACCAGCAGAUUCAUACUGACAAGAAGCCACAUCAGUGCCUAGACUGUGAGAAAGCUUUCUAUGACAGGUCGGCCCUCGGAAGACACCAGCGCCUCCACACGGGAGAGAAACCCUAUCAGUGCCCUGACUGUGACAAAAGCUUUACCUGGAGGACCUCUCUAAUUGUGCACAGAAAGAUCCACGUAAAAGAGGCAUCGCCCAUUCCUCCUGGUGAGAAACAACAGGGGAAAGAGAUUAUGUGCAUCUGUUGUAAGUGUGGGGAAAAUUUCAGUAGCACAGCAGACCUUGAUAUCCAUCGGUGUGGAUUCUCUGGAAAGAAGUCCCACCAUUGCUUGGUGUGUGGGAAAAAAUUCUCCAGCAGUGCACUCUUGAAAAGACAUCAGCCCCUCCACACAGGAGAGAAACGCUAUCAGUGUGCAGUGUGUGGGAAAAGGUUCACGUGGAAUUCUUCGUUCUGUCGACACAAAAAGACCCACAGGGGAGAAGAAGGAGCUUCCCAAGGCCCCUAUUCACAAGGAGGAAACUACAAAUGCUCACACUGUGGGAAAAUCUUCAGGAGUGCAUGGGAAUGGGAGGAACAUCAGUGUAUCACCUCAGUGUAUCCACUGAGACCCUAUAAAUGUCCUGACUGUGGAAAGGCUUUCCAGUGGAGCUCGUCUCUUGAUAGACAUAGAAAGAGCCAUAAGAGAGAGAAACCAACCCCAGUCCUACGAAGCACGUCCCACUCAUCCAUGGUGUACCUAAGAAGAAUUUCUGCAAGUGAGAAGUCCCAUAAAUGCUUAAAGUGUGAAAAAUUUUUCUACCAUAAGUCACACCUAAGAAGGCAUCAGCGUAUCCACACCGGAGAGAAACCCUUUGAAUGCACCAACUGCAAGGAAAAAUUCAUGUGGAUUUCAUCUCUUAAAAACCAUGAGAGGAUCCACACUAGGAAAACUCACCCAUGCCCGGAAUGUGGGAAAAUUUUCCAAAAACCAUCACACCUUGUGAGACAUCAGAAGUUCCACAGCAGAGUUAGUCUGAGACAAGUUUAAUUUAACAGGAAAACCUUAGCACACACAAGGAUUCAUUCUGAAUUGGAACAGCUCCCUUGAUGCAUGCUUGGGAGCUGGUUUCAGCUACUAGGCUGGGCCUGGAGACCUCCUGGAAAUAGAACUGAUCUUUAACCAACAGACAUUUCCCCUGAAGAAAAUGGCUGCUUUGGUGGGGUGAAGUCUAUAGCAGUAUAGUUGCUCCCCUUCCUCCUGUCUUUCCCAAGCUCCCCCCUCCAAAUCUACAGGAAUUUCCCAAUUCAGAGUCAGCCCUACUAAAACGAACUUGACUCUUGAGACGUGGCAGGUGCCUUGACACAAUCUUUAAUGCUGUCCCUUAAUCACGUUAGUUUGCCAGCUUGGUGCCCCAGACAACAUCACAAGAAGUGUUUCCUUGCUGGCGUCCCAUUUAAAUUGAGGGCCCAGUUUGUUACAUGGGAAAUACUUAUGUAAAUAUUCUACAGCUAGUCUGGGCAACUUAUGAGUCUUGGACUGUCCAGUUGCAGAGAUGCUUAGAGUUGGUUGAACCCAGUCAGUUCUAACUUGUGGGUCUCCCAGGCAAGCACACCCCUCUAUAGUAGCUUACCAGAGGUGUGCGAAACAGGUCUUUGCUGAGGUUUCCAUAGACUGGAAGGCCAUCAGGCAACUGGGGGAGGAGGUGGUGGUGGCAGAAAUUGGGCUUGGAUCAGAGACCCAAGAUAUAUCCUGAUAUCUUCAGGAUGAUGGAAUCAGUUAUUAUUUGCCCAAAAAAUCAGGAGAUACACCCUGAGAAGAGAGCUUUUGUUCUUCUGUUGCUGCGAUUGUCUUGCAUUUCAUGACAUACAGAAGAAUAUACACAGGAGAGAAGUCGUUUGCAUGGCCAAUGGGGAAUACAUUUUGUGUGACCUUUUGAUUGCUGACUCUGGGUUGGGAAAUGCCUGGAGAUUUGGGGAUGAAACCUGAAGAGGGGCAGGGUUUGGGGAGGGAAGGGACAUCAGCUGGGUAUAAAGCCACAGAGUCCACUCUCCAGAGCAUCUGUUUUCUCCAGGGGAACUGAUCUGUGUACUCUGGAGAUCAGUUGUAAUUCUAGGAGAUCUUCAGGCUGUACUUGGAUCUUGGCAACUUUAGUGAGACCUAAACAUCUGAUGGGAAGAGAAACUUCAACUGCCUAUGCUGCGCAGAAUGUGUCAGUAAGAGCCAAGAGAGAGAUCAUCCCAGUGUUGAUAGAAUGAGAAGUGUUCCACAUUGCCCUCAAAGACCCCUCCCCUCUUUUGGCGAUCCCUGGCCCAAGAGAUAUCCAGCUGGCUUUAACGAGAGCCAAGGCAUUUACGGCCCUGGCUCCUGCCUGGUGGAACAAGCUGCUGAGUGAUGUCAGGACCCUGCGGGAGUUGUCUUAAUUUCAGCAGGGCCUGCAAGAUGUGGCUGUUCCACCAGGCCUUUUCCUCCUAGCCAGCUGGAUCAAAUGGAAUUUGAUCAUCUCCUUUCGGCCUCCGGGGGAGGGGGGAGAGAGGGAAAGAGCUGACGGUGGGGAUUAUGUAUCAUAAACAUCAGGGUUUUUGUACUGAAUGCUGUUUUUCUUGUUUUGUUGUCUAAACAGUAUUGUUUUAAUUGUGCAAUAUUGGAUUGAUGCUUUGUUAGUUAUGGUUUUAUGUGUGUAAUACUGGUUUUAUAUUGUAACCUGCCCUGCGCCCCUAACAGGGAUAGGAUGGGAUGUAAAUCCAAAUAAAUAAAUAAACAGUUAUUUGGUGGAGUGAGAUUUGAGGGUAAGUCUGUGAAAACCUCACAAGUUGAAGUUAUUAUAGCAAGUAUUUUGUAAUUGUUUUGUAGUGAUGAUAAAAAUCUCACAUUGUA